UGUGUUUGCAAUUGACCAGUCCGCCCGGCCAUGGUUCAUCUCAUCAUACAGUUGAGGGGGUUGUAUGAUGCGUAAGGUAUUACAAACAUCUCGGCUAAGAGCAUCGUCUGUACCACCAAAGGCGGCGCCACCAACCCUGAAGGAGGAACUUCUAAGCUAAUGCAGCCUCUCCCACGAGAUAGCUCACUGCGGGCUUGAUCUUCUGUUUCCUCCCUCAGAAGACUGAGCUGGUAGUGCCCUCAGAAUCAGCUUCUCCAAAAUCUUGAGGUCGUAUGCUCCCUGAACAGUAUCCGCCAUUGACCGGCCGAUUACGUGGUAUUUUGCACGAUUCUCAAAUGCUGUCUUCUCACAGUAGAGUUACCUAUUGAGCAUCACUCCUUCUCCUACGAGUCCAGUCGCGAUAUGCUGUACCGGAUUGGAUUUCGGUUGCGGAAUGACGACAGAUACCAACUCACGAGUAAAUGAACCCGGCAAGUUACAGUACUCCGUAACCAAACUAUCCCAUCAGUGCAGCUCGUGUUUCCAUGAAUCUGUAUCAAUGGAGAUGGGAUGUUUGCUAGAGGUUCUGGGGUCACGCUCCCCUACUUGCCCUUCGUGUCGCUGUAUUGAAACACCAGCUGCGUUGUACCUGACGUCAAGAUAUCAGGUAGUCUUAGCACGGAGCAAACAACACGGGCAAACCUGAAAUGGCCUGGAGGCUCAAGUUCAAAUUGAAGUCGAACUUGAAUCCGACUCGGAGUCUGUUAUCGCUGCCAAGGCGGAGGCUGCCGCUUUGUUCUCAUUGGCUCCCUCAUCACCACGAUAAGCAUGAACCCGCUUCACGUUCAUGUCCAUCCAAGAAGACGCCCACCGUAACCUGAACCGCCAUGGAGCAGCCACUGCAGUGGAUGCCUCCCGCAACAAGAGAUCUCCUGCGACCAUGAGCCUAUGGUUGAAAUCGUUCGCGGCUUGUUUCUAGCUGCCAGUGCUGGACCAUAUUGCACAUGUCAUGGCGGCUGCCGCUCCGUCGCACGAGGCUAUCGCGUACUAAUGCUGCGUUGCUCAGUCGCAGUAGUGGUAGGUAGCACCUUACGCAUGUUGACCACAGUUUUCGUCACUGGCAGAAGAUGUCGGUGAGAUUUCCAGACCAGAUCGAUGACCCCGACCGCCUCUGCUCCCCAGAGCGCCAGCCUCAAGCGAGCGUAUGCGGCAGACGAGCCUGCCCACCAGCCGGAUUCAAACGCUCUGCAGCCUGUCGGUUCCCCUCCUCGCACUUCGUCGUCGGCCACCUCCGCCUUCAGAAACGUUUCUGCAUGUAACCGCUGCCGCGUCAGGAAAAACCGCUGCGACCAGCGCCUGCCUGCAUGCAGUACCUGUGUCAAGGCAAAUGCCAGGUGUGUCGGCUAUGAUCCCAUUGCCAAAAGAGAAAUACCCCGAAGUUAUGUCUACUUUCUCGAGACAAGGCUGGCCUAUUUCGAGCAAUUGCUAAAUGCCCACGGAAUCCCAUUCGCUGCCGCCGAUGUCUACAGUGCCGAGUCCAAACAGCUCGGCGAUAGUGUGCAAUCGCAAGCAGAGGCAAAAAGCCCUCGGGUAGCGGCGCGGUCUCCCGAUGCGAGCUCUGCACAACCCAUUCAAACUCGCAAGAAUGAGCAAAACAUUGACAACGAUAAACUCAAUGACUUGGUGUCAAAUAUCGGUAUGGUCUCGGUCCAAGGGGCCUCCGAUGCGCGGUACUUGGGCUCUACAUCUGGCAUAUCCUUUGCUCGAGUGGUGUUGGCGGCCGUGAAGAGCUCGGUAUCCAACAACAGCCACGAGCGCCCCGGGGCACGCCCUAGCCGUCCCGUGUCCGAUGUAGCCAGUUCGACAGGGAGCUCGAUGCGGGAGUCCUACUUUGGGUUACAGACAAAGCCCACUAUACAAGAGGCCCCAUUCCCCGAUCGUGAACUGGGCUGGAAACUAGCCAACUUGUACUUUGAACAUGCCAACCCCCAGAUUCCAAUUUUACAUCGAGGGGAUUUCCAAGAACUCUUCGAACGGACAUAUUCUACAGAGCCUUCCAGGCGGACAGCCCAUGAUUUGUACUGCCUCAAUAUCGUCUUCGCAAUUGGUGCCGGUAUAAUCUGGGGAUCCUCUGACCCGCAGCCUCUCUCGCAACAAGCAGAUCACACGAGUAAAAGACCACGCUUAUCCAACCAGCAAGCACAGCCGGAGGAAUACCAUGCUUCGGCCAUUGUCCACCUGGGGUCCUUCCUUGGCUCAAGUCCAGGGGAUGUGGGUGAGAGGCACAGUGGCGAUCUCGAAGAACUUCAAGCAGUCCUGUUACUUGCUGGAUUCGCUUUGCUCCGACCAGUGGCACCCGGACUUUGGUACAUCGUAGGCGUUGCCAUGAGACUUGCUGUCGACCUUGGCCUUCACUACGAGGACGGAUCGGACAUUGAAGAUGUGGCUGAGGGAAAGCAAGGGACCAGUCUUCCACCGGGUCGUGCCAGUGCCAGACCGGCGAGAAUGCUGGAUGCGAAGGAGAAGGGACGGCGAGAGUGGAUCCGAGACCUACGUAGGAGACUGUGGUGGUGCACAUACACUUUCGACCGUUUGGUCAGCACCUGUGUCGGAAGGCCAUUUGGCAUCACAGAUCAGGUUGUCACCACCGAGUUCCCCUCGUUGCUCGACGACAAAUAUAUCACCAAGAAGGGCUUCCUGUCCCCCAAGUCCCAGGACGAGCCUACCUACAAGCGAGUUGCUCAUCACUAUUUCCGAUUGAGGCUGCUACAGUCCGAGAUCCUCCAGGUCCUGCAGCAUCAGCAAGCGCAACAAGCACGGCUGACGGGCGCCAAUCGAGGCAACCCGUUUAUGCAUACCAAACUGCCCUCGCCUUUCCUGAGCAAAUUCGAUUCAUUCCGGUCGUGGCGGCGGGACAUAGACCAGCGACUGUACGAGUGGAAAGUAUCAGCGCCGGAACCACACGAGACUGGAGUAGGGUUUUCCGUGCGCUUCUUGGAGCUGAAUUACUGGCAAGCCGUCAUCAUGCUGUAUCGGCAGAGCCUUAGUGUCCCGGCACAGUUGGCACAUGAAUUUAGUCCCACGGAAGAAGUUUCCAGCCCUGCCAGCAUCAGGACCGAAGAGAAGGAAGACGAAGAUCUCGUCUUUCUCAAAUGUGCCGAAGCAGGACAGAAGACGUUGAAAUUAUACCGACAAUUGCAUAGGCUGCGACUGGUCAAUUACACGUAUCUCGCCACCCACCACUUGUUUAUGGCUGGGAUUUCGUUCUUGUACGCCGUCUGGCAUUCUCCCGCGGUCAGAGCCCGGCUGACUCUUGACGACUUCGAUUUCACCGUGUUGGCAGCAACAUCCGUCCUGGGUGACCUCAUGGAGAAAUGUCCGCCCGCGGAAGCGUGUCGUGACGCCUUUGAACGAAUGAGCAAAGCUACCGUUCAAAUGUGCAUGACCACGCCAGGGUUUGGCUUGUCCAAGGACCGGGAGGAAUCAUCAUAUCCCCGGCCACCUGGACAAUCCAACCACAGCCAGCAGCAGAGCAGUGGCCACAGCAACAACAGAAGAGAUGCCACGAAUGUCGUUCCCAUGCGAUCCGACGUAUCGCAACCCUUAACCGCGAAAGCACAAUCCCCAGCUCGUCACCUGCCGGUCAAGAAGCGACCACCACCGAAAUUCGACAUGGAUCUUCGAGACCUGUUUCCGGAUGACCUGGACUCCAGCACUCGUCCGUCACAAUCCAUUCCACAGCCUUUUCAGGCCGCGUCACUCUCGCGGCAGCAGCAGCAGCAGCAGCAACCACUAUUACCACACAAAGGACCAGAGGGUCAGCAGCAACGAACGUCCCCUCCCCAAAGGCACAUGAUGUCGUCUACAUCAAGCAUCAACCCCCAAGUCAUUAACAGCAGUGGCAUUGAAUCUACCCUGGGUCCACCACCUCUACCACCGCAGGGUGGUGCGUUUGGUCCCGGCUUCAGUGUCGCUCCUUCUGGUGGUGCAACCAGCAACUCGGCCCUGGCCACCACCACUGCCAAUGGCAGCGAUCAUCUUGCAUCGCAGCAAACACAACCACAACCACAGCCACGAUCACCAUUGUUGCAUUCGGAACCCGAACAACCAUUGUACAUGCAAAAGAUGUACAACCAGGACUUUAUGUCGUCGUCGUCGGCGCCGCCGGGCAUGGAUUUCAUCAACGACAUUGUUAGUGGUGGUGACGACGGUCCUGUCGUCGAUGGGGACCGAGAUGCGUCUUUCGAUAUUGACCUUGACGCCGGUGGUCUCGAUCUUGGCUUCGGCUUUGGUAUGGGCGGAUUGGGAUUGGAUUUUCAGCACGAUUGGAGCGAUGGCCAACAGUACGAUUUGUUUGACGGGUUUUUCUUUGGCGGAAAUGGAAAUGGAAACGGUGGUGGCGGUGGUGGUGGAAAUCCAGUGGAGUAGUAGGUAGGCAGGUACCUAAGGAAAUAGGAACGAACGGUACUUUUUUGGACCUUCUCAUCCAAACCCUUCAAAAACA